ACGUGCCAAUGACAGUAUGCCGAGUCUAUAAAUAGUCUUCUCGCCCCAUUCAAGAUCAUAUCCAUCAUUUAUUUGAUGAAUUUAUCGGAUUCGUGUUUCGAAUUCGAAAAAUCGCAAUAGGGGUAGCUGUUGGUUGAAUAAAUACGCAUUGAUCUAGGAAUUUCUGGUGAGCGAAACCUUUGUUUCAAGUCUUCUCUCCGUCGCUCUCCGUCGCUCUCCCUAACAGCUUGAAAAGACCCCAUGCAAAUCGAGAUGACGUCUCCCUCUCGUGGUCGCGCUUCGAGCCUCCGCUUGACACUGUGCUGCUUCUUCCUGCUCUUGGCCACCCAGCUGACGCCGCCCGGGGCCUUCACCGCGGCGGCGGCGGCCACGGCACGGUGGCAGCUGCUGCAGAGCAACAUCGGCAUCGUGGCCAUGCACAUGCAGCUCCUCCACAACGACCGCGUGGUCAUCUACGACCGCACCGACUUCGGCAAGUCCAACCUCUCCCUCCCGGACGGCAAGUGCCGCCACGACCCCUCGGAGGCCGUCGUCGUCGACGACUGCACCGCGCACUCCGUGGAGUACGACGUCGCCUCCAACAGCUUCCGCCCCCUCAUGGUCCAGACCGACGUCUGGUGCUCCUCCGGCGCCGUCACGUCCGACGGCACCCUCGUCCAGACCGGCGGAUACAACGACGGGGAGCGGCAGGUCCGGACCUUCGCCCCGUGCUCGGACCGCCGCUGCGACUGGCAGGAGAUCCGGAACGGCCUGGCGGCGCGCCGCUGGUACGCGACCAAUCAGAUCCUCCCCGACGGCCGCCAGAUUGUGAUCGGCGGCCGGCGGCAGUUCAACUACGAGUUCUACCCGAAGAGCUCCUCUGCUCCGAACGUCUACAGCCUGCCGUUCCUGGUCCAGACCAACGACCCGGGCCUCGAGAACAAUCUCUACCCGUUCGUCCACCUCAACGUCGACGGCAAUCUGUUCAUUUUCGCGAACAACCGCGCGAUAUUGUUCGAUUACGUGAACCAAAAGGUGGUCCGAACGUACCCGACAAUGCCCGGCGGCGACCCAAGAUGUUACCCGAGCACGGGCUCGUCCGUGUUGCUUCCGCUGAAGACCGCCGGUCGACCCACUGGAAAUGUCGAAGCUGAGGUGUUGGUCUGCGGCGGAGCUCCGAAAGGAGCUUUCAAGCAGGCCUCGGGUGGGAAAUUUCUCGGGGCCUUGAACACCUGCGGGCGGAUCAAAAUAACCGAUCCGAACCCGCAAUGGGCCAUGGAGACGAUGCCCGGGGCUCGGGCCAUGGGCGACAUGGUGCUGCUUCCGAACGGCGACGUCCUGAUCAUCAACGGCGUGGCAGCGGGGACCGCCGGCUGGGAGUUCGGCCGGAACCCGGUCCUCAACCCGGUCAUCUACAAGCCCGACGGACCAGCCGGCGGGCGCUUCGCGCUCCAGGACCCGUCGGGGAUCCCGCGGGUGUACCACUCCACGGCAGUGCUGCUGCGGGACGGGCGGGUGCUCGUCGGCGGGAGCAACCCCCACAUCUUCUACAACUUCACCGGAGUGAUCUUCCCGACGGAGCUCCGGCUCGAGGCCUUCCGACCGCCGUACCUGGACCCGGAGCACUCGGGCUCCCGCCCACGGAUAAUCUACCCAACCUCUCAGGCCAAGAUCGGGUACUCGCAGAGAUUCUCGGUCCGGUUCACGGUGACGGGGAACGUGUCCCUUGAUGCAGUGGCAGUGACAAUGGUGGCGCCGCCGUUCAACACGCACUCCUUCUCCAUGAACCAGCGGUUGCUGGUGAUCGGCAGCGGUACGGUGGUCAAGGUCGGGAAUUCGGCUUAUGCAGCACAGGCGGUGGCUCCGGGUUCGCAUAAUCUGGCGCCGGCGGGAUAUUACCUGCUAUUCGUGGUCCACCAAGGAAUUCCGAGCGAGGGCAUUUGGGUCCAGAUACAGUAAUCAGCGAGAGAGGAUUGAAUUUUUCUUCAGAUUUUUUUAAUACUUGCCGCGUAAAUAAUUCUAUUUUUUCGAUAUUUAUAUUUUUCUCCCAGUGAAUUCUAUAUUUUCUCAUGAAAACUUUUUUAAUGGGGAAGUUUGGUUGGUCGGUUUUAUUUAGCAAUUUCUCUCUUUAUUUUUUUCAAACGGUCAUACCGUAUAUAUAUAUUUACAGAUUUGUCGAAAUUCUUAUUAUAUUUAUAAAGUUCUUAUCAUUAGUGUU